GCUGCGACGAUGCAGAGAACAGCGAGCGCGUCGUCCUCGACGACGACGAGCCCACCUCCACGGCGACCGACGCGAUCCUUGCCACCUGCACCCUUGUCACUCGAUGACUCCCCCAUACUCGACACUACCGUCGUCAAUGCAUCCCCUACAUCGGAGACACCUCAAGCAACGACGGCGGUAGCCCCCGAUGGCGACGACGACAAGCCCGCAACGCCCGGUCCCGCCGAUCUGACGCCCCUCCGAGCACACUAUCUGAAGAAGACCCUUGUGUCCGUCGCGUUCCACAGCGAACUCCAAGCGAUCACAGCUCAGUCACCCAACAUCAGUACUUCCACCUUCUCCUACUUGGGCCCUCCCUUCUCCCCGCCACCCAAGGGUGCACCCUCUCUCGACCUACCCCUCCUCCGCUACAUGUUCCGCCAAUUCGUGCUCACCUUCCCCUUCAUGGCUGCCGCCCCCAAGGACUUCUACUCCGACAAGUUGCAGCCAUUUAUGGCAUCCGUUCUUUCCCGCAAUCUGUCACCCGUCUCACCGUUCGAUGAUGGGGCAGAGAACAAUGAACAGGCAACCAGGCAGAAGCUACUCGCGAAGCUCGAGCGCAACCUCUCACUGUUCGUCACCUCCGCGCUCAAGCUUGCCGAGCGUGAGGAAGUCGUUCGGCUUACUCAGGCUGAUCUCGACCGACUGGAAGCGCUUUCCCGCAAACGACAAGCACGGAACAUGCGCAAGCGAGAUAUUUUUGAGGUCAACAUCGUUGGCGUGCGCACAGUGCAGGAUCGCGGUCGUGUCCGUAGCAGGGCUCAUGAGGAGUUCAUCAUACGGACGCGGAGAUCACGAUACGAGGACGUCUUUGUCUCCCGACGAUAUGGCGACUUCAAGACGUUGGCUGAUGAGUUACGAAAGGCACAUCCCGACCAGGACGUGCGAUCCCCUCCCGCUAAGGACCGCACCACUGUCAGCGCGCCCACCCAGUCGGCGGUCCAACCUGGUGAUUCCGACUACGAUCUCUCCUCCCCUCCCGCGUCCCCUCGCAACCCAUCGCGGCUUGCGCGGGAGAAGAAUCGGCUGACCCUCCGCGCGUACUUGCAUUCGCUCAUGGCAUCAUCCGUCAUCGCCUCCUCGCCCGUCAUCAAGUCCUUCCUGCUGUCGGGCCCAAUACGGCUGACGCCUGCGGAGCUCGAGGACGCCCGGCGGCGCGAGGACGCGGACCGCACGCGCGACGAUGGCCGCAAGAAGUUUGCCAAGGAGAUCGCGGACCGCGUCGACGGCCUCCGCGGCGCAGUGAAGGGCGUCAAGGGCGACAUUAUGGGCCGUGACGGGCUUACGAGGAUAUUCUCGACCAUCAAGGUCACGUCCGAUGUGCGCGAGCUGCCGUCCGAGUACCGUGCUGUGAUAGAGUGGGCCCGCAUAUCUCUAGCGUCGACUGUGUUCCAUCAGUUUGUUGCAUCGGAUGACGCGUCGGAGAAGUUCGCCAACUUGAAGCGCUUACAUGGCUUGAUGCCAUAUUUCAUGAUGAAGACCGCGCUGAAGAUCAGUAACCCAGUCAGCAUGAUCAGAAGUAUCAUGGACCUGUUCCUCGCUCAGCCUUUCGGCGGACGAAGUCUACUGCAACGGAUGUUCUCCAGCUCCUUGUCCGAAGAGGCACGUCAAAUCGAGGAGGAGAUCGAAGCUGUGAAAGCCAAGGUCGAUGACCCCGUCAUCUGCGAGAAGGUUCGCCGUUUCGUAUAUGCGCCGAAGGAGAUCCAGGAUAUCCAUAGGCAGGAUGCAGCUGAGGAGAAGCAAGAACUCAUGACCGUCGUCCUUCGCUCCGGUGAGGAGCCGGUACUGAAUCGCAUGCAAAUGCACCGCGUGGCGAAAGCGAGCCGUGCGUACGCUGCGUACCAGAAGUACAGAGAGAACCUCGAUGACUCAGACGACGACGAUGGCCCGCAAGACGAAGACGGCUGGCUAUACGAGGAUCUGAAGAUUCUGGCCUUCCUCUACACUCGAUUGCAAGAUCGCGAAGAGCUCAUUGGGCUGAUCUUCGAGGGCUUCACCUCCGAGCUGCUGAAGGACAUCAUCACGAUCUUCUACUCGCCGCUAGCCCAAGUCUAUCGCGCGGCGAGUAUAGGGGACUCGUUGAGCGACCUGCAAAACUUCAUUAAUGACUUGAUACGGACGGUUGAAUCAGUCGAAGAAUUGAGCCAGGAAGAUCCUCAUACGACGGUGCAAGCUUUCAUCGACCUUAUCCAGCGACACGAGCAAUCCUUCUAUAACUUCGUACACAAAGUGCACUCGAAGGGCGAGGGGUUGUUCGAUAGUCUCAUCCGCUGGAUUGAGCUAUUCCUCACGCUUGUCCGCGAGGGCAUGGGUCCACCGAUCAGCCUCGAAUUCUUGUUGCCUGCUUCGGAGAAGGAUCGCGUGGAUAUCUUGUCCGAAGUCGAUGCGAUGGCGGCGUACCACUACAAGACGAAGGUCGUAUACGAGGACAAGCUCCGCCGACGCUUCGGGCGUGCGCAGGCCGGGCGCUCAGGCGAAGAGGCCGAGGAACAGACGCAAGCUAUGGUCGAUGGAGUCCUCUCGGAGAUCAGCUUCGGGGAAGUCAUCCAGGGCGACGCGGACGAGCUUGCGGCGGCUGACGCGGAGGACAGCGAUUGGGAUUCGGGGAGCAGCGAUGAGUAUGAUUCGGAAGAGGAGGAUACAAGCAGCGAGGAAGACACGGAGACGGACGAGGCCAGCACGCAGGAGAGCGCGGCGGAGCGGCGCGGGACGAUCACGCGCUCGAGCACGGUGCAUGCGCUGCCGAGCCAGCAAUCGGUGCCGUAUGCGGUGCGGUCCCCUCAGCCGAGGUCGCGCGCGUCGAUGCAUACGCCUGUACGCUCCCCUCACCCUGAUCGGCGAGAGGACAAGGAGCGCACGCCACGGCCACGCUCGCUGUCGCUCAAGCUCUCGCGCUCCAUGCAGGACCUCAAGGAUGCACUGUCGAGCAAGAAGCACGACAACCUUCCGCCAGUGCCACCACUCCCGCAGGGCAUAUCGCGCACGCCUACGCGACCAUCGUACGAGUCGCGGACACCGAUGUCGGCAGCUUCUUCGUUCCAAACGGCGGUGAUGAAGCCCUUGCCACCGAGCCCCUCGCAGAGCUCGAUAGGGUCGACCUCCUCGUCGCGUCCGCCGAGCUCGCCGUCGAAGGGCAAGCUGAAGAAGCGCAUGCAAUCGCCGUUAUCGCCCGCACGGUCGCCUAUGCGCUCGUCCCAAGCCUCCCUGUCGUCACAGUCGAGGCCUUCUUCAUCAUUAUCGUCAGCCGCGUCCUCCGUUAUGGAGCCCCCUAGGUCGGCGCCAGCAGCCGCAGCGAACCAGACCCAUCGACGCGGGCCGUCGAGGGGGCAAACGCCGAAGAAGAAUGCGGCACCGAGCCUGAAGCCGCCAGAGCUGCAACAUAUUCCGAAGCUCGUGCCGGUGUUCAUCGAGAUGUUGAGACCCCAUCUGAGGCCAAGGGCGAGGACGAAUCCGAUGGCUUGAUGUGAAGUAUGGACCCUUUGUACUUGUAAAUUAUUCGAACAUGCGAAAAAUCGUUGUGAAGCCUUGAAGAGGGGAUGGAGGAAGCUCUUGAAUACGCGGGAUAUAUACUUCCGGACUUUGACGACCUCGCUCUCCGGCUUCGCUCGCUGCUGGACACCACCUCGGCGGCA